AUGAGUCGAAACAAACAACAGAACAAUGAGUCAAACCAGGGACAUCAGAACAAUGAAUCGAAACAACACUUCACAAUGAUAGUGGCACUGUUCGCUGUUAUAGUAAUUGUACAUUCAUCCCACUUGUACGUGAGUCAAGACCUUCCCUGUCACACAUCAGCCGAUUGCCCCCUGGACGCUUGCUGUCGGGAAUUGGAUGGAAACUUAAUUACUCUCUCGGGAACAUUCGACGCCGUUGGUCCAUUCCAUGACGUUCAUAACGGCACGUGUGUGCCACUUCUAGCCCAGCACGGCGAGCACUGUGGCGAGUUCUGUCAGUGUGACAAGGAUCAAGGGUUGAUGUGCUAUCGCCACGUUUCGGACCACGAGUUUUCUCCGUCAGUCUGCCGUGAUAGGGCAUUCGUUGAAAAGCAGCGCCAGAACUGGAUAUCCUGUUACAAAGACCCUGAAUGUAAAUUGCCCAUGUGA